CACACACUCCAGUGCUCCACGCAGCAGCCAUCUAAAUCUGCAUUAUAAAUCUGAUUUCUCUCGUCGUCUCCAUUGUCCGAGCUCCGACAAUCCGACUAGGCGACUCCAACGCUCCAUCACAGAUCUUUGGAUCCAGAAGUAAAUAAGGGUAUAACUAUGGAUCCUUCAGCACUUCUAUUCAACCAGCUCAAGACAGCAGAGCCCUUCUUCUUACUAGCAGGUCCCAAUGUGAUUGAAUCUGAGGAUCACAUUCUUUACAUGGCCAAACACUUAAAGGCCACAACUUCCAAACUUGGUUUGAAGUUUGUAUUUAAGUCUAGCUUUGAUAAAGCUAACCGAACUUCGUCCAAAUCAUUCCGUGGUCCUGGCUUGGCUGAAGGCUUGAAGAUCCUUGAAAGGGUUAAAACAACUUAUGAUGUACCUAUAGUUACUGAUGUUCAUGAAAGCAUUCAGUGUGAAGCAGUAGGGAAGGUUGCUGAUAUAAUUCAAAUUCCUGCUUUCUUAUGCCGGCAGACAGAUCUCCUUGUUGCAGCUGCCAAGACUGGCAAAAUAAUCAAUAUCAAGAAAGGACAGUUUUGUGCGCCAUCUGUCAUGUUAAAUUCUGCUGAAAAGGUCAGAUUGGCUGGAAAUCAAAAUGUCAUGGUAUGUGAGAGAGGCACCAUGUUUGGCUAUAAUGACUUGAUAGUUGAUCCCCGCAACUUAGAGUGGAUGAGGGAAGCUAAUUGUCCAGUUGUGGCUGAUAUAACACAUUCUUUGCAACAACCUGCUGGGAAGAAGUUGGAUGGUGGAGGUGUUGCUAGUGGUGGUCUUCGUGAAUUGAUUCCUUGCAUUGCCAGGACAGCAGUUGCUGUUGGAGUGGAUGGACUUUUUAUGGAGGUGCAUAAUGAUCCUUUAAAUGCUCCAGUUGAUGGUCCUACCCAGUGGCCUCUUCGCCAUCUGGAAGAACUGCUAGAAGAGCUCAUUGCUAUUGGUAGGGUCAGCAAAGGGAAGAAGCAAUUCAAAAUUGAUCUCACUCCAGUCUGCGAUUAGAUUUUUCCGUGAUGGACGUUGAUUUCAGUGUGGUUGCUGCACCAAAGCAAUAGGCCUUCUGGCCUUGCCUCUCUUUCAUCAAUAUAAAUAAUGUAGACAUGAGUCUACUACAGAGGCAAUGAUCUGGUAUUGACGAUUAUUAUGAACAUUCAUCUCUGUGGCAACCAACAUUUGUAUUUGGAUUGAUUAAGAUUAUGGAUUCAUGAUUGUAUAACUACGCCGGUCGUUUUUACUUUUUCUUAGAAAUUGCUCCGGAGUAUUGUCGGAGGUUGCCGGAA